UGGGUAGUCCUCAGCUGCCAGCAUCUGAUUAAAACCAUAUCUCUCGCUGUGAGUGGCUAACUACGCUGAAGGCUGGAAUACAACUGAAUAUUUAACCGGGCCCACGGUGUCAGCUAGUCUGUGGCUGGAGCCCGAGGAGUAUGCACGGAGCUAGUCUGUGAAGUAUUAUGUCUGCCUGUUGAUCACUGUUUGGACAUCCAACACAGCGAGUAUCUCAUUCUUUAAUGCUUCUGGAGUUGAGGCUGGCCUCUCUCAAAAUGUCUAACGAAGUAGAAACAACUAAUAUCAACAACCAGCCUGAGCAGCAGGCAGUACCAAAAGCACCUGCCUCAAAGAAGGAAAAAAAGAAGGGUUCAGAAAAAACAGAUGAAUUUCUUUUGGCCAGAUUCAAAGGGGAUGGUGUAAGAUACAAAGCCAAGCUGAUUGGCAUUGAUGAUGUUCCAGAAGCAAGAGGAGACAAAAUGAGCCAAGAUUCGAUGAUGAAGUUGAAGGGAAUGGCAGUAGCUGCCCGCUCCCAGGGACAGCACAAACAGAAGAUAUGGGUGAACAUCUCCCUUUCUGGUAUCAAGAUAAUAGAUGAGAAAACUGGGGUCAUAGAACAUGAGCAUCCAGUAAACAAAAUCUCCUUUAUUGCUCGGGAUGUGACUGACAAUCGUGCAUUUGGAUAUGUUUGCGGAGGAGAAGGACAACAUCAGUUUUUUGCCAUAAAAACAGCACAACAGGCUGAACCUCUAGUAGUUGAUCUCAAGGACCUCUUCCAAGUAAUUUAUAACUCCAAGAAAAAGGAGGAAGAGGAUAAGAAAAAGAAUGAAGAAGCCAAUAAGACAGUUGAGAAUGGUAGCGAUGCCUUGACUGAUCAAGUUGACAAAAUAAAACUGGGUGUUGACCAGAUGGAUUUGUUUGGAGAUAUGUCCACUCCUCCUGACCUGAACAGUCCUACAGAGAGUAAAGAUAUCCUGUUAGUGGAUCUAAACUCUGAAAUCGAGAACAAUCAGACUUGUGUAAAAGAGAGUCCCUUCUUGAAUGGCAUCACUUCCUCUCUUCCACGACCAAAGUCACAGACACCUUUCUUGCCUGAAAGUUCUCUCACUACCAAUCUCAGCUUCUUUCCCAUUCCCAAUCCAGAUCCUUUCAGUGAUGAUCCUUUCACACAACCAGACCAAUCUGCACAACCUUCAUUUGAUUCUUUAAAAUCUCCACUUCAGAAGAAGGAAAGUCUGAGCUUCUUGGGUAAUGGUGCUGUAAAUGGUGAUAUUGACUAUUUUGGUAAAGAGUUUGACCAGAUUUCUAAUAGAACUGGCAAACAGGAAAUACAGACAAGCCAGUGGCUUCUUGAAAGUAAACCAAUGCAGCUAGCAGCAAGGACCCAAAAUGGGGUACCAGAAAGAGAACAGAAUGGUUUUCUGACUAAAUCCUCAUCAAACCUAUUUGCGGAAAGCCCUUCCAAAGGAUUAUCUCUGCAAAAUGGAGUAAAGCUGGACUCUGAAAGCAAUGUCCAGCUCAUGUCACAUGACUCCAUAACAAUUAGCCCACCUCCACAAAGUACCAAGCCAGGAAGAGGAAGGAGGACUGUUCAGACUGCAGCAAAUGAUUUGUUCAGCUCAGACCUCUUUGCAUCUACUGCUACGGAGGCCCCAGGCCUGACUUCUCCUGCAGCACAACCUGCACUGGUGCAAACCAACCCGCUGGACCUCUUCCGAACCAGUCCUACCAUAGCACCCAUGGCUGGUCUAGGUGGCUUGCCAGCAACAGCUCCAACACCAUGGAGUCAACAGUCCUCAGUUUUCAGUCCUGCUACAUCAGUAUUUCCUGGAUCCAUUAUGGGAGCUCAAUCUCCAGGCUUUACUCAACCACUUGCCUUCAGUGCCCCUCAAGCAGCCUCAGGGUGGAGUCAGCCUGCAUCGUUUGGAGCCCCAUCUCAAUCUCCUGGUCUCUGGGGUCAGCCAGCACAUGUGUCUCCUACUGCUUGGGCACAGCCAUCCACUAUUGGAAAUCCUUUCCAGACCAGCAUGUUUCCAUCUACUACGCAGCCCCCUGCUAUGUUGUCUUCUGUCUCCACACCUAGCCCUCCUCAGCCACCACCCAGAACUGCACCUCAGAAGGAGUCCUCUAAGAAGGAAAGUGAUGCCUUCACUUCAUUAGACCCACUUGGGGAUAAAGAGAAGAAGGAUGUAAAAGAAAUGUUUAAAGACUUCCAGCUGACAAAGCCACCUGCAGUACCAGCAAGGAGGGGAGAACAGCAGCAAAGUCGUCUUGGUGCUUCUGGAGCUUUCACUAAUUACUUUAAUAGCAAAGUGGGCAUUCUUCAGGACAAUGCUGAUCAUGAUGACUUGGCAGCUAAUCAAUUGUCUAUCAAAAUCAGUGAACCACCAAAGCCUGCUCCCAGACAAAGCACUCUGCCAGCUUCCAAGCCUGAUGCCCUGUUUGAAAACCCCUUUCAAACAGAUCCUUUCAGCACCUCACAACCCUCUACUGUGUCUCAGACUUCGCUGUCUUCUGAUCUCUUUGGUGAUCCUUUUGGAAAUCCAUUUGCAUAACUUUGGAACCAGGUGUAACCAGCAAAGGACAAAUGGAAUAGCAAGACACCCCUCCUUGUCACCAUUUUCUACUCUUACUUUGCAUUGUCUGUCUUCAUCCUUGAUGCCUAUUCUGAUGUCUGUCUGCUGUGAUCUUAAACCUGCCUGUGUGGACUGAACCAUGAGCCCUCAAAGAGAACCUGCUGUUAACAUAAUUCAAGAUGAAGCCAAGGAAAAUGCCCAGAUUCAAGUUGGUGGAUGUGAUAUUUUUUUCUGUAGCCUCUUAAUCAGGAAAAAACUGCAUAUGUAAGUCUUGUGGAAACAUUGACUUUCCAGUCUUAUUGUGGUGUUUGUCAACAUCGUCACCUACACUUAAAAUCCUUGCAGCACUUACUGUAAUGGUUGUAGUAAGGAGUUGAGCACUCAUUUUCAGGAAGAAACAAUGUAUUCUCCACAUAGGGAAAGGGAAUUGUGGAUUUAGAAUCUUGCAAAUUCUGCAACACUGAGUCACUUCAAACAGGCUUUUUCACACCCCUUGGGUUUCCACUGAUGGCUGUCUCACUAAAUGGCAGCCAUUAAAGCUUUUCUUAAACCUCCACUCUUCAAUGUACAAUUGGUUUUUUCUUGUAUUUAUAGUGACUCUGCAACUGGUAACUUAUGGCUUUCCUUCUGAUUUCUAAAUCAUGGAAAACAAACCAAAGUAAACAA